AUGUCAGCCUCCGUCUCGCUGCGCAAGCGCCGGUCCAUCGCAUCGCGGCCCAUCACCAAUCGGCCGCAGACCAUCACGGGACAGCAGAACAAGGCGCUCACCGAGGAGCAGGAACGCGAGCGUCAAGCUAAAGAACUGGAUGCGCGUCGUCGCCGUGCUCGUCGUCGGCUGGAUGAGCUGGAGCGGAUCAACUACCGCGAUGCCCCCACCGCCUCCUCGUCCGCUGCAGCCAGUGGUUCUUCUACACUCGACGCUUCGUCUCCUGGCGUUGUCGAGACGGGGACGACAGCAGACGCAGAGCCGGCAUCUUCCGGCACGACAUCAGCAGCGUCGGGAGUGAGUCUGGCACAGAGGCGCAGGAACCAAGCCGAGGUGAAACGGCUUCUCGUCAGCGGGCGGAGGAAUCUGCACUCGAUUGUCGAGGAGUUGGUCGACCAGGGACGGCUGCCGUUGCGAGGAGGCAAGACCGGAGCCAACUGGCGAAGUGCGCGAUCCACGCCGUCGUCGAAACCAGGCAGGAAGUACUGCAGCAUAUGCGGAUACCACGGCGAUUUGGCCUGCAUUCGAUGUGGUCACAGAUACUGCUCACGCAAGUGCAGAGACGUUCACGACGAAACCCGGUGCGAACGGCCUCUUCGCUGA